AUGCUGUAUAUCAACUUUCCGGAACUUACUGACGAUGAAAGAGUUGAUUUCAAACUACCAAAAGAUCUAAAGCAAGCAAAACGAUUAGGUUUGGUUCUUUCAAAGUAUAAGGACAAACAUUAUUAUACUGUCUUAUUUGGUAUAUCAACUGUAUACAUCAUGUUGCAGUCAUUAGCUAUUCCUGGUUCAAUUUUUCUUACUGUUCUUUCAGGAUAUUUAUUUUCAUUUCCAAUUGCUUUAUGUCUAGUUUGUACGUGUUCAGCUUGUGGUGCACAGAUAUGUUAUUUCUUUGCACGUUUGUUUGGACGCGAACGAAUUAUGGCAUUUGCGCCGGAAAAAAUAAGCAAAUGGAGAAAUGAGGUUUCUGAUUUUGAUAGUCUCUUUUAUUUUAUAAUUUUUUUGCGAAUAACGCCGGUUUUGCCGAAUUGGCUCAUAAAUCUCGCUUCUCCUAUAUUUGACGUUCCAGUAUCAGCGUUUUUUUUCGGAACAUUUUUGGGCGUAGCACCACCCUCGUGUAUCUACAUUCAAGCAGGUGCAACUCUUCAAAAGCUUACACAUGUAGGAGCAGCUUGGUCAUGGAACGCUAUAUUAUUAGUAGCUUUUACUGCACUUCUGUCUUUGGUACCCAUCUUUUACAAACGGAUAAAUAAGAACGAUGGAAUUUUUGAUAGAUCAACAAAAAAUAUAAAAAACUCGUAG